CGCCCGGGGGCCCCACUGCUUCCCCCUGGCGGAGAGUCCUGCCCCUUUCCCGGCUGGGAUUGUUUAUGUGUGUACCUGAGUGCCGGUGUGUACGAGAGUUUAUGGGUCCGAGGUUGCCAUGUUGGGGUACCUUGGGCAGGAGGUGUUUACGCGGGAAGGCGUUUGGACCUCAGUGGGUACGCCGCCCUGGUUGUAGAUCCGCGGAGCUGACCAUACUCAGAGCUUGCAUGGGUCGGAGCGAGUCCCCUAGGGGCCGCUGGGCUCCCGAGGGGCUCAGCUGGAGGGUCGCUUCGGUGUGCAUGUUUAAGCAGUCUUAUUUCUCACUGGCCUCCUUCCCGAUUCCCUCCCCCCAACUCCCGAUUCCCCGCCUAGAGCGCGCGUCCGGAGCCCACCCCCUCUUUUGGGCGCGAGGCCCCGCCCUCCGCCCCCUUUCCUCUGCCACAAAGUUUAUUUGCAACAAAAGGGAGCGAGGAGCUAGCAGCCAAGAGGGAGGGAGCGGGAUCCGGAGCGGGAGCGCGAGGGAAGGUGGACUGGCUGGCGGGCGCAGAGUCGAGGAGCGGAGCGCUAGGAUCCUGCCCCAACCGGGCCGGGCCGCGAUGCUCCCCGUCGCACCGUCCGAGGCGGGGGCCGGACCUGGGGGCCGGUGCUGAGGCGGGAGGGGCCGCGCGGGAUGGAGCUGAAGCCGCUCGCGGCCGCAGAAACUUGAGCGGCGGCCGAUAAAGCUCUGCUCAGGUCUCUGCGCCCACUCCCCGCAAACCCCUUCUCACUGCCGGUGCAGGACCCAGGCCUUCGGAAUCUGGCCGCUGCGCUCCUUGGGAUCAGGGGUGCAGGGGGGGUUGGCCGCGGAUCCCCGAGGCCGGCCCCCCCGGAGUGAGUGCAGCCACCAUGGCGGACGGGACGCCCCGGCCCCCGCUGUAUCGCAGCGUCUCCUUCAAGCUACUGGAGCGCUGGAGCGGCGGGCCCGGGCCGAGGGAGGAAGCCACCGACACCCCCGGGCUGCGGCGCCGCUCCUCGUGCCGGCCAGCCGCGGAGGUCCCGGGCCAGCCCUCCCGGCGCGUGUCCAAACUGGCGUCGGGGGCCCCGGCCUCCCCCGCGCAGCCGCGCCCGCUCCGCAGCCUCUCGCCGUCGGUGCGCCAGCUCUCUCGGCGCUUCGACGCGCCGCGCCUGGACGACGACUCUGCCGGAGCCCGGGACGGGGGUGUCUCCCCCGGGGCCGCGGAAGAAGCGGCCGAAGGAGCCGCGCGUGGGGCCUGGCCCAGCGUCACCGAGAUGCGCAAGCUCUUCAGUGGUCCUGGCUCCAGGCGGCCCAGUGCUGACUCUGAGGCCUCCGGGACCCCCAGCCCGGACGGUGCCGCGUGGGAGCCCCCGACCCGGGAGCCCCGGCAGCCACCGACGCCGCCUCCUCGGACAUGCUUUCCCCUGGCGGGCCUGCGUUCUGCACGGCCGCUGCCCGGCUCAGGGACCGAGGGGAGGCGGCGACGACAGCAGCAGGAGCGGGCGCAGCGUCCGGCGGAUGGUUUACAUUCUUGGCAUAGCUUCUCCCAACCGCAGGCCGGGGCCCGGGCCUCCUGCUCCUGCUCCUCCUCCAUCUCCUCCUCCUAUCCUGUCAGCCGCAGCCGAGCUGCCAGCUCCAGCGAGGAGGAAGAGGAGGGCCCGCCGCAGCCGCCCAGGGCGCAGAGUCCAGCCUACCGCGGCGGCCACUCCUCGGGCAGUGACGAGGACCAAGACGGUGAGGGCAGCCACUGCUGGGGAGGGCGGCCGGGGCUUAGGCCUGCAAGCUCUCUCUUGGAUAAGGAUUGUAGGCCGGACAAUUAUGGGUUAAAUGUGGGCAGCAUGGACUCAGCAGGGGAAGCCAGGAGCCCCGAGCCCCCCAAAUCUCCAAGAGCCCUUAGUGAAGAAGGACCCCAGGACUGGGGUGUUGGCUCUUCCUCCUGUGUUCCAGGGCCCUAUGAGGGACUUCAGCCCUUGUCCGACACUGUGGGGGGAGCUUUCCGUGUGGCCAAGGUGAGCUUUCCUGCAUACCUGGCCAGCCCAGCAGGCUCCCGGGGCAGCAGCAGAUACUCCAGCACAGAGACCCUCAAGGAUGAGGACCUGUGGGCUAGCCGGGGUUCUGGGGCCUGGGGUGUGUAUCGCUCCCCUAGCUUUGGAGCCGGGGAAGGACUCCUAAGGCCCCAGACCCGAACCCGCAUCAAAGGACCUGUGGGCACCACAAGGGCUCUGAGAGAUGGAGGAUUGGAGUCGGACAAGAGUCAGCAGCGGAAGUCCUUGUCAAAUCCAGAUAUCGCCUCAGAGACACUGACCCUGCUCAGUUUCUUGCGUUCAGACCUUUCAGAGCUGAGGGUCCGAAAGCCUGGUGGGCGCCCUGGGGACUUUGGGAGUAGCUCCUUAGAUGGCAGAGACUCACCACCAGCAGGUGGCCCGGUGGGGCAACUAGGGCCCGUACCUACCCCAGCCCCAGCAUCACCUAGCACCCGCCCCACACUCAAGGACUUGACAGCCACCCUCCGGAGGGCAAAGUCCUUUACCUGUUCUGAGAAGCCCAUGGCCCGCCGCGUACCCCGCACCAGCGCCCUGAAGCCCAGCUCCUCUGAGCUCCUGCUGUCAGGCCCAGGUGCCGAGGAGGAUCCACUGCCCCUUGUCAUCCAGGAUCAGUAUGUGCAAGAGGCCCGUCAGGUUUUUGAGAAGAUUCAGCGCAUGGGUGCCCAGCAGGAUGAUGGAAGCGAUGUCCGCCCUGGAAGCCCUGACUGGGCAGGAGGUACAACCCAAGGGCAGCGGUCCCAGGAGGAGCUCUCUGGCCCUGAGUCCAGCCUGAUGGAUGAGGGCAUUGGGGCCGACCCUGAGCCUUCUGUUUCAGCCUUUUGCAGCCUGGGUACUGCAGGGGUAUGGCGGCCCCUUUCCUCAUCCCCAACCCAAACCAACCACCAUGGCCCUGGGGCUGAAGACAAUCUGGGAGGGUGGGCCCUGGUUUCCCCUGAUACCCCUCCCACACCAGGUGCCCUACGUCGAAGGCGCAAAGUUCCACCUUCAGGCCCUGGUGGGACAGAACUGAGCAAUGGGGAGGCAGGUGAGGCCUAUCGGUCACUGAGUGACCCGAUUCCACAGCGCCACCGGGCGGCCACCUCCGAGGAGCCCUCUGGAUUCUCUGUGGAUAGCAACCUUCUGGGCUCUCUGAGCCCCAAGACAGGGCUUCCAGCGGCCCCAACUGUGGAUGAGGGCUUGACCAGUGGCCACAGUGACUGCUCUGUGGGCAGUGAAGAGAGUAAGGGUUACCAGGAGGUUAUUCAGAGCAUUGUUCAGGAGCCUGGUACCUUGGGAUGUAUGGCAGAUGACAGGGUUGCUGGCAAAGCCCCUAAGAAGAAAUCUCUGAGUGAUCCCAGCCGCCGUGGGGAGCUGGCUGGACCUGGAUUUGAGGGCCCUGGAGGGGAGCCCAUCAGAGAGGUGGAGCCCAUGCUGCCUCCCUCCAGCAGUGAGCCCAUCCUUGCAGAGCGGCUGGCAGAACCAGAGGAGCCCAGUCCUGCCAGGGGCCGGGCACAGUCUGAGAGGACCCUACCUGAGGCCCCACAUGCCUCCUCCACUACCCAACGUGAUUUCCAUCUUGACCCUAAACUGGCUGAUGUUCUGUCCCCACGGCUCAUCCGCCGUGGUUCCAAGAAGCACCCAGCCCGGAGCAGUCAUCCGGAGCUACAGAGAGAGGAGGGCGGUCAGGACCAUACUGGCAGCCUGUCUCGGGCUCGACCUUCAUCCAAACAUGUUCGCCAUGCCAGUGUGCCCACCACCUUCACACCCAUCAUGGUGCCUGAACCACUGACUUCUGUUGGUCCCCCUGUGGCUGUGCCUGAGCCCGUGGGCUUCCCUGCCAGAGCCCACUCUGCAUUGCAGGCACCAUCACUCGAAGACGUCACUAAGCAGUACAUGUUGACCCUCCACUCUGGCGAGGUUCCUGCCCCAGUACCAGUGGAUAUGCCCUGCUUGGCUCCUGCUGCACCGCCCUCUGCCGAGACCAAGCCCCCUGAGGCAACACAGGCUUCAGAAGAGCCUGCCCCAGCCAGCAAGUGCUGCAGCAAGCCGCAGGUGGAUAUGCGGAAGCACGUGACCAUGACACUGCUGGACACGGAGCAGUCAUACGUGGAGUCGCUGCGCACCCUGAUGCAGGGGUACAUGCAGCCGCUGAAGCAGCCAGAGAACUCCUUGCUGUGUGACCCAUCGCUUGUCGAUGAGAUCUUUGACCAGAUCCCCGAGCUGCUGGAACACCAUGAGCAGUUCCUGGAGCAGGUGCGGCACUGUGUGCAGACCUGGCAUGCCCAGCAGAAGGUGGGAGACCUGCUUGUCCAGUCGUUCUCCAAGGAUGUCCUGGUCAACAUCUAUUCUGCCUACAUUGAUAACUUUCUCAAUGCCAAGGACGCCGUGCGUGUGGCUAAGGAGGCGAGGCCUGCUUUUCUCAAGUUCCUGGAGCAAAGCAUGCGUGAGAACAAGGAGAAGCAGGCACUAUCGGACCUCAUGAUUAAGCCUGUGCAGCGGAUACCACGCUACGAGCUUCUGGUGAAGGACCUCCUGAAGCACACGCCUGAGGACCACCCAGACCACCCACUCCUGCUGGAUGCACAGCGGAACAUCAAGCAGGUGGCUGAACGCAUCAACAAGGGUGUGCGGAGUGCCGAGGAGGCAGAGCGACGUGCCCGCGUGCUGCAGGAGAUUGAGGCUCACAUUGAGGGCAUGGAGGAUCUCCAGGCCCCUCUGCGGCGGUUCCUGAGACAGGAGAUGGUCAUUGAAGUGAAGGCAGUUGGUGGCAAGAAGGACCGGUCCCUCUUCCUGUUCACCGACCUCAUCGUCUGCACCACGCUGAAGCGGAAGUCGGGCUCCUUGCGGCGCAGCUCCAUGAGCCUGUACACGGCGGCCAGCGUCAUUGACACAGCUAGCAAGUACAAGCUGCUCUGGAAGCUGCCGCUGGAAGACGCAGACAUCAUCAAAGGGGCAUCCCAAGCCACCAAUCGGGAGAACAUCCAGAAGGCUAUCAGCCACCUAGACGAGGACCUGACCACCCUGGGCCAAAUGAGCAAGCUGUCCGAGAGCCUCGGUUUCCCUCACCAGAGCCUGGACGACGCACUGCGGGACCUGUCUGCUGCCAUGCAUCGGGACCUGUCGGAGAAGCAGGCGCUGUGCUAUGCGCUUUCCUUCCCCCCUACCAAGCUGGAGCUGUGCACCACACGGCCUGAGGGCACCGACUCCUUCAUCUUUGAGUUCCCCCACCCUGACGCCCGCCUUGGCUUUGAGCAGGCCUUUGACGAGGCCAAGAGGAAGCUGGCAUCCAGCAAAAGCUGUCUAGACCCUGAGUUCCUGAAGGCCAUUCCCAUCAUGAAAACCCGCAGCGGCAUGCAGUUCUCAUGUGCAGCCCCAACCCUGAGCAGCUGCCCCGAGCCCAUGCCCGAGGUGUGGGUGUGCAACAGCGAUGGCUACGUGGGCCAGGUGUGCCUGCUGAGCCUGCGAGCUGAGCCCGACGUGGAGGCCUGCAUCGCUGUCUGCUCUGCGCGUAUCCUCUGCAUUGGGGCCGUGCCUGGCCUGCAGCGCCAUAGCCUCCGGGAGCCACCUGCAUUGCUGAGGAGCCCUCCGGAGGUGGCAUCUGUGCCCACCGGGCCAGAACUGGACAUUGAGACCCCAGAGGAGGAAGCAGCCACACUGCCAGAGCCAGGGCCCCAACCCUGCCUGCACAUCUCCAUCGCAGGCUCAGGCCUGGAGGGAGCACCAGGCCCUCUGGAGGCUGACCCUUGCCCAGAAUUGGUGCCCUUUGACAGCGACUCAGAUGAUGAGUCUUCGCCCAGCCCCUCAGGGACCCUGCAGAGCCAGGCCAGCCGGUCCACCAUCUCCUCCAGCUUCGGCAAUGAGGAGAACCCGAGCUCCAAGGAGGUGACAGCAGAGACGACCAGCUCAGAGGAGGAGCAGGAGCCUGGCUUCCUGCCGCUGUCCGGCUCCUUUGGGCCUGGUGGUCCCUGUGGCGCUGGCCCGGUGGACGGGAGAGCCCUUCGCCGUUCCAGCCGCAGCUCCUUCACCCGGGGCAGCCUCGAGGACCUGCUGAGUGUUGACCCUGAGGCCCACCAGAGCUCCGUGUGGCUGGGCACCGAGGACGGCUGUGUCCAUGUGUACCAGUCCUCUGAUAGCAUCCGAGAUCGCAGGAACAGCAUGAAGCUCCAGCACGCCGCCUCUGUGACCUGCAUCCUGUACCUGAAUAACCAGGUCUUUGUGUCCCUGGCCAAUGGAGAGCUUGUGGUCUACCAGAGAGAGGCCGGCCAUUUCUGGGAACCCCAGAACUCCAAGUCAGUGACUCUGGGUGCUCAGGGGAGCCCCAUCACCAAGAUGGUGUCCGUGGGUGGGCGGCUGUGGUGUGGCUGCCAGAACCGAGUCCUUGUCCUCAGCCCUGACACGCUGCAGCUGGAGCACACGUUCUCCGUGGGGCAGGAUUCCAGCCGCAGCGUGGCUUGCAUGGUGGACUCCAGCCUGGGUGUGUGGGUGACACUGAAAGGCAGUGCGCACGUAUGUCUCUACCAUCCAGACACCUUUGAGCAGCUGGCAGAAGUGGACGUCACACCCCCUGUGCACAGGAUGCUGGCAGGCUCGGAUGCCAUCAUCAGGCAGCACAAGGCUGCCUGCCUGAGGAUCACGGCCUUGCUGGUGUGUGAGGAGCUGCUGUGGGUGGGCACCAGUGCUGGUGUCGUGCUCACCAUGCCCACCUCGCCUGGUGCCGUCAGCUGCCCACGAGCACCCCUCAGUCCAGCUGGCCUAGGCCAGGGACACACAGGCCAUGUCCGCUUCUUGGCUGCAGUCCAGCUGCCAGAUGGCUUCAACCUGCUCUGCCCAACCCCACCAUCUCCACCAGAUACAGGCCCCGAGAAGCUGCCAUCCCUGGAUCACCGGGACUCCCCCAGGCACCGAGGACCCGCCUUGGCCAGGCCUAAAAUGCUGGUUAUCAGCGGAGGUGACGGCUAUGAGGACUUCCGGCUCAGCAGCGGGGGCGGCAGCAGCGACACAGUGGGCCGAGAUGACAGCACAAACCACCUCCUCCUAUGGAGGGUGUGACCCUGUCCCCUGCCACCCGGGACUUGCCCGUCCACCCGCCCUCCGCCUGCUUGCCUCUUCCUAGCCCCCACGCAGACUCUGACCAGCAGUGCUCCCUCCCUUCCUCGCGGAAGCAUCCCUGAGAGAACACUACCGGCAGGCCCAGGCCUUCCCUGCCCCUGUGGCUGCUCUGCUGCUCCCUGUCAUGGUCGGGGGCAGACUUGGGGGUGUGUGGGCCGCCCAGGACCUUUGUCCCUGGAGCUUCUACCAAAGACAGGGCCGGGCCUGGACCCCGGGGGGCUGGGGAGGGCCAAGUGCAAUAUUUAGAGGGUUUUCUGGGGGCAGUGGGAGGGCUGGGGAUGGAACCCUUUCCCAUGUACAGUAUUUAUGUUCCUUUUUAGAUGUGUACCUUCCCAAGCACUUAUUUAUGCAAUGACCUGGGGGCAGGGGGUGAUUUGAAGAAGUAACAGAAGGAAAAAGACCCUAUUCCUGCCCUGGGGGAUACGUGGGGACCCUAACCAAGCCUUCCUGGAGGGAACAAUCCCCCUGUCAUUACAUACAUGUGUAUGCACGCAUGUGCACACACAUGCUGCAUGUCCAGGGCACUAAAACACUGCCUCUACACAUACGAUUUCCACAGCCUCAUCCUGCUUGGUCUGCCCUCUAGUGACCAGAGCCAAGGACUGAUUGAGUCCCCUCAGUCAUCCAGAAUAAGUUGGUGACUAGUGGGGGGCUUCCCAGGCCUUGGCAUUUCCUAGCUUGUCGGCAGUGCCUUAGUGGUUCCUGAACUUGGAAACACUGCUGGGACCUUGAACGGGGCUCUCUCCUGACCUGAUCAGGGGAGAGCAAAGGGCUUCGAUCUCCUCAAAGUUGCCGCCCAGGCCCCAGCCCGUGUCUCAUGCACCAGCACGUAUGGUCACCUUGGGAGGGUGGAUCUCAGAGCCCCUCACUCUGACCACUGACUCCCUCUCUUCACACCCCUCUGGCCAGGGGCAGCCCUUCCAGGAAGGACACCCAAAGCUGAGGGGCUGGGCAUAGCCUCUUCAACUAGGAACCACUUCCAGGCAGCCUCUCCCCUGCCCCAUGGCCACCAGAGCCAGACCUAACCCCAGCCCGUUGCUGCUUCAGCUCCUGCUCCAAAGAUCUGGUUUCAGAUGGGGUUGGUUUUGUUCUGUUUGGCUGUUUUUGUUUCUGGUGGGUGGGUCAUUGUGGUCUUAGGUUACAUUUCUCUUGGUACCAAACAGUCCUGUAUUAACUUCCCUUGGAUGAUAAAUUUUAAAAGAAUCAAUAAAUACAAACACCAAA